AGUAUGGCGGAUUCCACAUGCAAACUGAAAAUGGAGAAUACCCCCGAUGAGGAGAUGGAUAUUGACAGGGAAACAGAGAAAGACACAACCGAUGUGAAUGCGGGAGAAACUGAGACGACAGAGAAUGUUAGACCUGCUGCUUCAGAAACUGAGGACCCUUUCAAGAAGCCUGCUCUUUUUGCUGCACCCUCGAUUGCGGGGAAAAGAACAAGUGGUGCACCUACUGCCGCCAGAAAGAUUUCACCUGAGUCCAAAGACUGCGAACAGCAAGAUAAAUCCGAGAAGGUAUUAGACCCUGAAAAUCUCCCUGCAGCUAAGCCAGGACCCGAACAAGAAAGCAACUCUAACAACAGCCAUUCGACGCACGAAAACGUAAGCAGAACGUCAGACAGCCUCGAUCAGCGGGAAAAGGAAAGAAGUAACGGCGACUCUACCAAGACUUUGCAAGAAACAAAACCCAGAUUCUCUGGUAAACCACCGCCGGUUGGCAAAUUUAAACCCGCGCCUCCGUUGCCAUACACCGAACCACCAUGGGGUGGUAUUAGUGAAGUCCCCUACUCUCUCGAAAUACUGAAGAAUGGUACCAUUGUGGACACGGUUCCGCUAACGCAACGGAGCUUUUUCGUGAUAGGACGAUUACCAGGGUGCGAUGUGUCCUUGGAGCAUCCUUCAAUCUCUAGGUAUCAUGCAGUGCUACAGUACCGGGCACGCUCCGGGGAGCAUGGAGGUGUCGGGGAAGAGGCAGGCUUCUACGCCUUUGACCUGGGUAGCACACACGGUACUUUUGUCAACAAGAACAAGAUCCCUCCAAAGACCUACAUCAGGCUGCGGGUGGGACACGUGCUUAAAUUCGGAGGAAGCACUAGACUUUUCAUCCUUCAGGGACCAGAAUUUGACGAGGAGGCGGAGUCUGAACUGACAGUGACUGAGCUGAGGGACCGAGCUAGGAAGCAGAGAGAGGACCUGGAGAGGAGGAUGAUGGGAGAUGGCUCAGACAAUGAUGAUGACGAGGAGAAAGAGGAGCAAGGCGAAGGGAAGCCCACCUCCAGGGGGAAGGGUUCCAGCGAGGAGGCUGGCUGCUCUUGGGGAAUAGAAGAGGAUAUUGUUCCAGAUGAGGAUGAGAAUGAGGAGAACCCUUUUGCGACAGAGUUUCAGGAGGACCAGGAGGCAGCCUACCUGAAGGACCCCAAGAAGGCCCUACAGGGCUUCUUCGACAGAGAGGGGGAGGAGCUGGAAUAUGAGUAUGAAGACAAAGGCCACGGCACCUGGCUCUGCAGAGUGAAGUUGCCUGUGGACGAUGCAGCGGGCCGGCAGCUUGUUGCUGAAGUGACCCACACGGGAAAAAAGAAGGAGGCGGCAAUACAGUGCUCACUGGAGGCGUGCCGUAUGCUGGAGGCACGGGGCCUGCUGCGGCAGGAGGCAGUCUCCCGCAAGCGCAAGAAGAAGAACUGGGAGGAGGAAGACUUCUAUGACAGUGACGACGACACAUUCCUGGACCGGACGGGCUCUGUGGAGAAGAAGAGGAAGGAGCGCAUGAAGAGGGCAGGGAAAAUCGAGGAGCGACCCGACACUUACGGCUCACUGGUGGAGAAGUUGGCAGGGGUUGAGAAAGAACUGGCUGAAACAGAAAAGAAGCUCAGUGCUUCAGGGAAAGGUGGAUCGCAGUCGUCCUCGGAGGACCCGCUGGACGCCUUCAUGAGCGCAGUGCACAGCGAGAGAGCCUUGGAUGCUGUGGAGCGCAGGAAGCUGCACUUGCACAUCACCGAGCUGCGCAAGGAGGCACAGCGCCUGCGCAGACUAGUGGACAUCACGCGUCCUGCGCAGCUGCCUGCGCUGCAGACAGGGUCUGGGAUCCCUUCCUCUGAGCCAGAGAAGCCCAAGAAACCCAUCCUGCCUCUCUUUGGUGCCAUGAAGGGGGGCAGUAAGUUCAAACUGAAGACUGGCACUAUAGGGAAACUGCCUGCGAAGAAACCAGAUCUUCCCCCAGGACUUUUCAACAUGAAGGAGCUGCCACCUGGAGGAGAAGAGGAGGAAGAGGAGGAGGAUGAAGAGGAGGAAGGGGAGGGUAAAGACAAGAGCACUUCCCAGGUGGCGACCUACCGACAGGAAGGUGAGGCAGAGUCAGACAGAUCAGCUGCAGAAAGAGCAGCUUCAGAGAAAUCGGCUGGAGAGAGAUCAUCUUCAGAGAAAUCAGCACAGCGGAGACAGCUGCCAGCCCAACCCCACAGCACCACAGGGAGCAUGGAAUUCGAGGAAGAGCAGAGGCCAGACAGAGCUGGGGGAGAGAAGUCAAGCCCCCUCACAACAGAGUCAUCCAUACCUGCACAAGGCCCUAGAGAUGGAGAGGAGAAAGCACCAGCACAAACCAGUCCCAAGAAGAAAGAGAAGAAGAAGGUGUAUGGCCCCAGCAGGCCUCCGACGUUGUCAGCCCAGUACCCCGACGACGACCCCGACUACUGCGUCUGGAUGCCCCCUGCAGGUCAGUCUGGGGACGGCCGCACCCACCUUAACGAUAAGUACGGCUACUAGAAGGAGCAGGGGUUGAGGAGCCUUCCUCUUCACCCACCCUCAUCUUCAUCAACACCACAGCAAUCGGACACACCAGCACUUGGGCCUAGCUCCGCAUUGCUUUCCCUGUUCUUCUUUCCACCGUUUUCCAGUAGUUUCCAUGGCCAGGUUGGAAGGGCCUGUUUAAUGCUCAGCUUGGGACUGUGGGACUGUACCUGACUCUGCACUCUUUCCUUUAUGACCCCCUGUCUUAAGUGACCAACACUGACUGUGGAGGAAAUCAAGAAUCAAUCAGUAAGAAAAGCACUUGACUGAUUUCACCACCACACAACACUAGCAAUGCUUAGCCUACAAACCCAGCCAGGUUGGCAUAUUCGUACCAUGAACCAAGGAUCCCAUAAAGAAUUGAGCAGCUGGCCAUGUGACCUCACUUGGAGUCCAAACCAGAAGAAAACUGGUACUCUCCUGAUUCAGAUGCAGACUGGGGGAUGAUGUUGUAUGAGCAAAGAUACCUUUCUUCUGCUUUUGCAUCCAAAGCUGAAUCAGAUGCUAAAAGUGAUCGGUGCAUCUUCAUAAGAGUCCCAGACCUGAUCUCCUGUACCUGCCCCUGUUCUGGCCCAGCUGGAUUUGAGGGCUUUCAGGCAUCUGAACACAAGGCGUCACACCCGGACCAAAGGAGGUCGAAGAUGUAUUGGGGCUGAGUAUAUUAGCCUGACCCAGAGGGAUUUCCUUUUUAACCAGACUGGACAAGCUGCACUCGUUAUGAUUCUCCAUCACCCCUCUCAGACAGGAUUACUCUGAACCUCUCCAGCCCCCCCCCCCCCGCCAGCCCAGCCAGGAGGCAGCUGCACCCUAAGUUUCCCUACGGACGCAGACUUGUUUUGCCCGCGUGAACCCAGACCUGACCGUGACCGGGUUAAUGCCUGCUGAGUCAGUUCAGCACAGCACCCGGGACGCCCGUCCAGACAGCGCUGCCAGGUCGACGGGCUUGGAAGCUUUUCAGCGGAAAAGGUUGGGUUCCCGCAGAAAGAAACCCGGCCCUCUUCGUCGUACGGACGCCAGCUGAGCCGAUUGGCGGGUCCAGGAGCAUUCCCGCCCGGCCUGAGCCGCCGACAGGUGGCGUUAGAUUGGAGAAAGCCUGGGAGAGGUCCCUCGGAGGAGCAGAGGAUUUGCUGGCCAUCUGGUGACUGGUGUCACGUUAUGGGAUAUAAGCAAGCUGAUAAUGAACUGAGCGUCAGAAGUGUAUAUUCCUGCCGCCCUCUCAAAGCACUCUUUUACCAGAUCUUAAUUACAAGUGACUCAGCGUUGGGAAGUGGGCGUGUGGCAGGCUGCCUGUAGCAGGAUUAGGCAGCCUGAGAAAUCCCACAAGGCGUUUGUUUGCUCCUCUCCAUUUCCCCGCGACCAGUGGAAGGAGCGUUCCCUUUUUGAAAGUCAUCUGUGUGUUUUGUUACUGAUGUUUGUAAAAUAAAAUGAUCUAUAUG